AAAAUAUACCUCGUGCGCAUGUUGCUCUAUAAUUAUAGCGCGAAUUUCUUAUCACACUCGCGUCUGUGUGAAUAAUGUAUUAUAUUAUUUCACUCAUCGAACAGUCGCUUUUUAAUGGUCGCGUAGUACCGGAAGCGUACUUCGAUUCGUUUGCCGCCAAAUUACCCAGCGUGCUGCGAUGAAGUUGUUUAUCUGUCGGCUCGUGGACCUACGACUGUAGUGGGCUGUAGUGUGGAUAAUCACGUUGAACGCAGGCACACGUUACACGUUAUAUCGCGUUGUGCCACAGAAUCUUUUUGCGUGCUUAUUAGGAUCCACUUCGUUGUUUGAACUUUCUAAAUUUACGAGCUGUAUCAUGGCAAAGGUACAAUUAGCGAACGUCGCUGUUCUGGACAAUCCCUCGCCGUUUCUGAAUCCGUUCCAGUUCGAGGUCACGUUCGAAUGCAUCGAGGAAUUGAAAGAAGAUUUGGAAUGGAAGAUGAUAUAUGUAGGCAGUGCAGAGUCGGAGGAAUUUGAUCAAGUCUUAGAUACCAUUUAUGUUGGUCCAAUCCCUGAAGGGAGACAUAUGUUUGUAUUUCAGGCUGAUCCACCUGAUGUAAGCAGGAUCCCUGUCAAUGAUGCUUUAGGCGUAACUGUUGUGUUACUAACUUGUUCAUACAGAGGUCAUGAAUUUGUUCGCGUGGGCUACUUUAUAAAUAACGAAUAUACAGAUCCAGAACUUCGGGAGAAUCCACCUCCGCAGCCACAAUUCGAUAAGGUUCAAAGGAAUAUACUUGGCGACAAGCCUCGUGUUACUAGAUUUAAAAUCAAUUGGGAUGACUGUCCGACUGGAACGGCGAAUAAUCUUCCCGAGGGCAUUGAUGCGCCGGCGUUAGAAGACACGUCGCAGGAUGCACCUACAUCUACAUUAGGUUUUACAGAGAAUACACAAAACGGUGGAAUGGAAGUGAUGUGAGAAAUUAUUUGCUACUGAUAAUGAAAAUAACUCUGUGAACUAGCAUUAUAACAGUUUAAAUGAUAAACGUAGUACCUGGAAAGAAGAUGGAGAAGAAAAGUAUACAAUCGGUGAAAAAAUAUAUAUAAUUUUUAAAAAUUACGCAAAAUAACUUUCCAUAUAAUAAUUGAUGUUUUCCUUCGAUAAAACUCAAGAUAUUUGUGUACAUUUUGAAAAAAGAACUCUAUGUUAAUAAUGUGAUAACUUUAUGCCUGAUUAAGACAGAAAUUGUUUUUAAAUUAAUAGUUUACAACAUAAUUGCCUUUGAGUUUCUCUCAAUCAAUAAAAGUACAACUUGCUAUCUCUCUAAAGUAAUGUAACUUCUGAAAAAAAAUCUUAUAAAUAUUAAACAAUUUUUACAUCAAUUGUGCACAAAUAUAUUAAACAAUAAAUAAUUAUAAUUCUCUAUAAAUGCAACAGCAAAUUUAAAUACACACUUAUACAAUUAUUGUUUAAAGUUACAUGUGUUUAAGUAGCUUAUAAUUUAAAUUUUGAAGCUAAAAGAUGUUUGAUGUUUUUUUAAGUAUUAUAUCAUUAUUGUGCUUAUUAUAACGUCAUGUUGCAUUAGAUCGUAAGACAGUUUCCAUUUUUAUUAAUGUAUAUACGUACGUACUAAGAUAAAAAAAUACAUAUUAUGUUUUUUACUUGAAAAAAAAA